AUGUAUACAUCUAUGUAUACCUGUAUUCCGCUAUCUAUCUAUCUAUCUAUCUAUCUAUCUAUCUAUCUAUCUAUCUAUCUGUCUAUUGUGUGUGUGUCUGUAACGUUUAUCUAUCUAUCUAUCUAUCUAUCUCAAUCUUUCAUAUAUUUAUCUCAGUCUAUCUCUCUAUACCUUUAUCUAUCUAUGUUUUUAAAUCUCUCUAUACCUUUAUCUAUCUAUCUAUCUAUCUAUCUAUCUAUCUAUCUAUUUCGAUAUCUAUCUCAAUCUCUCUAUACCUUUAUCUAUCUAUCUAUCUCAAUCUCUCUAUACCUUUAUCUAUCUAUCUAUCUAUCUAUCUAUCUAUCUAUCUAUCUAUCUAUCCCUUUACCUAUCUAUCUAUCUAUCUAUCUAUCUCAAUCUCUGUAUUUAUCUAUCUCACUCUCUCGAAACCUUUAUCUAUCUCAGACUCUCUAUACCUUUAUCUAUCUAUCUAUCUAUCUAUCUAUCUAUCUAUCUAUCUAUCUAUCUAUCUCAAUCUUUCAUGGAUCUAUCUCAAUCUCUCUAAAGCUCAAUUUCUCUAAAUAUCGAUCUCUCUCAAUCUCUAUCUCUCUAAACCUCUAUCUCUCUCUCCAUCUCUAUAUCUCUAUCUCUCUAUAUCUCCAUCUCUCUGUUCGUGUAUCUUUCUAUAUCACCAUCUCUCUCUAUCUCUAUCUAUGUAUCACUCUAUAUCUAUCUAUCUCUUUAUCUCUCUAUACCUCUUUAUGUGUCUAUAUCUCUCUAUCUCUCUCUCUCUCUCUCUCUCUCUCUCUCUCUCUCUCUCUCUCUCUCUCUCUCUAUCUCAUAUUCACAUCUAUAUAUCAAAGCCCAAGGUUAUAUUUAUUACAGAUUGCGUCUGAUUAA